AUGGAGAAGAAGGGCGGCCACGACGAGAACAACUUGUAUGUGACGGUGGAAACUCCAGUAGCGCACCUCGUGGCAGACGAAGCGAUCACUACUAGCUCCACCUCCACCAAGGAUGCCAAGAAACCCCAUGGCAAGAUGGCGUCGUUCACGGAGCUCUUUCAGUUCGCGGACGGGACAGACUACGUGCUCAUGUCUGUGGGAACCAUUGCCGCGAUGCUCACGGGAGCCGGUCAGCCCAUUCAAAUCACAUUCUUUGGAGAUAUCAUCAACGCGUUCAACCCACCCACCGGCAACGAAGCCCCUGGAGCGUUUCAAACCAACAUCAACAAGGUCGUGUACCAGUUUGUCGUGAUCGCGUCCAUCAUUCUCGUGUGCGGAUUUGGACAAAUUGCGUGCUGGUCGAUCUCGGCGUCCCGUCAAAGCAAAAAGCUUCGUCAUGCCUAUGCGUCUGCGAUCUUGCGUCAAGAAGUGGGUUGGUUUGACGUGAACGAGCCCAUGCAAUUGGCGACGCGUGUUGCCGACACCACGCUGUUGGUCCAAGAAGGCAUGGGUCGCAAGGUCGGCGACGGGAUGAACUUCCUCUCCAUGGGUAUUACGUCGUUGGUCGUGGCAUUUUACUACGGAUGGGAAUUAUCGCUCGUGCUCUUUGCGUUCACCCCCCUCAUUGGUGUCAGUGCGUAUUGCAUGACCAAAUCCAUCACAGCAGCCGUGCAAGGAGGCGUUGAAGCGUACGCUGAAGCUGGCGGCAUUGCCGAAGAGAGCUUGAGCAACAUCAAGACGGUGCACAUGUUCAAUUCGAUGACCACUGUGGCGAACAAGUACAUGUCUGCGUUGUUGCGCACGGAGCAAGCAGGUGUGAAGAAGGGCCUGGCUGUCGGUUUCGGCACCGGGGUGAUGUACUUUGUCAUGCUGUGCACGUAUGCCGUGGGCAUGUACUACGGUGCAGUCCGCAUCACCAACGAUCAACUGGGGCCUCAGAAGUGUGUUGGGAGUGGAUGUUACGACGGCGGUCGUGUCAUCAUUGUGUUUUUCUCCAUUGUAAUGGGCUCGAUGGCUUUGGGCCAAGCUGGCCCCAGCAUGCAGGCCGUGAUGACUGCUCGCUCCGCCGCGUACGAGAUUUUCGAGCUCAUCAACCGAACCUCCAAGAUCGAUGCUUCGUCUGACGAUGGGAAAACAUUUGACAUCGUGGAAGGUCGCAUUUCGUUGGAAUCUAUCCGAUUUGCCUACCCGAGUCGCCCCGAAGUUGAAGUCGCCGCCGGCUACUCGCUGGACAUCCCCGCGGGUCAAAAGAUCGCGCUGGUUGGCUCGAGUGGUAGUGGCAAGAGUACGAUUGUGUCGCUCUUGGAACGAUUCUACGACCCACUAGAAGGCCGAGUGACGUUGGACGGCCACGAUUUGAAGUCUUUGAACGUCAAGUGGCUUCGAGACCAAGUGGGGCUCGUGGGCCAGGAACCGUGUCUGUUUUCCGACACGAUUGCCGCCAACAUUCGCCACGGCAAGCCUGGCGCGACCAUCGAACAAGUCUACGAAGCUGCCAAGCAAGCCAACGCGUAUGAUUUUAUCAUGGGGUUUCCACUGGGAUUUGACACGCCAGUGGGCGAUCGAGGGGCGCAAUUGUCUGGUGGCCAGAAGCAGCGCAUUGCCAUCGCGCGUGCGAUCAUCAAGAACCCGGCGGUACUUCUCUUGGACGAAGCCACGAGUGCGUUAGACACGGAGAGCGAAGCGGUAGUGCAGGCAUCUUUGGAUCGAUUGCUGGCGUCUCGCCAGCGCACCACCAUCAUAAUUGCCCAUCGAUUGUCGACGAUUCGAGAUGCUGACCGGAUUGUCGUGCUGAGCCAUGGCAAGGUGGUCGAAGAUGGCACCCAUGAAUCACUUCUUCAACUUGAACAUGGCCACUACAAGGCAUUGGUGAAUGCUCAAAUGCGUCGUGGCGACUCGAUCGAAACGAUCUUGGAGCAUACUCAUACUCUUCAAAACGAGUAUUGUGCUAAUUCUGCUGCUGCCACCAUCCCAGUGACAGGUGCGUCGUGGCUACACAACGACAAGAGCAAGCACAAUGUCGACACAGUGGCCAUUACCAGCGACGACGACGACGUGGGUCGUUCACAUUAUCUAGAUGGAGCAUCGUUUUCGAACGUGUCCGUGUUGCGCGUAUGGCGGCUCUGCGCGCCGGACGCGUGGCACGUCGUGGCUGGCAGCGUGGGGGCGCUGUUGCAUGGCGCCAUGUACCCCAUGUGGGGAGUCCUCCUAACCAAAUGCACGGUCGUGUUCUUCCAGCUUGACUCGACCGUGGACGAGAUGCGAUCGGACGCACUCAUGUGGUCACUCGGGUUUGUGAUCAUGGGAGCGGUGGUGGUUGUGGCUGUGACGGUGCAGAACCACCAGUUUGCGGUCGUAUGCGAGAGGCUGACGGGUCGCGUCCGUGGGUUGUGCUUUCGGUCUAUGCUGCACCAGGACAUGGCGUGGUUCGACAACCCUGCGCACUCGUCCGGCGCGCUGUCCACUCGGCUGGCCACCGACUCGGCCGCCGUGCGCACCAUGACGGCGGAAACGCUCAACGCGAUUCUGCUCAAUGUGGCAACAUUGGGCGUGGCAUUUGGGAUUGCCUUUUACAACUCGUGGCGUAUGACCGUGGCGUUCGUUGGCGCGUUGCCGUUUAUGGCGGCGUCCCAGAUGCUUCAGAUGCAGAUGAUGACGGCGCAAACCGGCAAGAGCGUCAACCAGGGCGACGUCCUUGCCGGCGCCCGGCUCAGCGAAGCGAUCAACGCGAUCCGGACCGUGGCGUCGUUCAAUUUGGAACGGCCGACCAACGCCUUGUACCUGGACAGCCUCCUCGCGAGCGCCGCCACCGACACAAAGGCGGGCGUGGUCGCCGGGGCUGCCUACUCGGUGGCCCAGUCCACCAUGAUAUACGCCAUGGCGACUAUCUUUUACUACGGCGGGUGGCUCAUGUUGAGAGGCCUGGUGGACUUUGAAAGCAUGUUUAUGGUGCUCAACCCGAUUUUGUUUUGCUCGUUCGGGGUGGGCAUGGCGGCUCAAGGCAUGGGGGACGUUGGCAAGGCCAAAAUCGCAGUCAAGAGCAUCUUUGCCAUCAUCGACCGAAACCCAACCAUUGAUUGCUCGUCCAGCGAAGGCCUUCAACUCGAACAUGUGCAUGGUGACUUGGAGCUUCGCGGAUUGGAGUUCAACUACCCGAGUCGUCCGGACAGCAAAGUCUACACGAACUACAACCUCAAGAUCCAGAGCGGGCAAACGGUGGCGUUGGUGGGGGGCAGUGGCAGCGGCAAGAGCACGGCCAUCAACCUCAUUGAGCGGUUCUACGACCCCACGGCCGGCUCUGUAUUUUUGGAUGGCCACGACCUCAAGACGAUUAACGUGCAGUCGUUGCGCCAGCACAUCUCCAUCGUGAGCCAGGAACCCGUGCUGUUCAUCGGCACCAUUGGCGAGAACAUCGCGACGGGCAAACCUGGCGCCACCCAAGAAGAGAUCGAGGACGCCGCCAAGAAGGCCAACGCCCACGACUUUAUCAUGCAGUUCCCGGACAAGUACAACACGGCCGUGGGGGACCGUGGCGUGCAAGUGUCGGGGGGGCAGAAGCAGCGCAUCGCCAUCGCCCGCGCCAUCAUCCGAGACCCCGCGAUUCUGCUGCUGGACGAAGCCACGAGCGCACUGGACACGGAGAGCGAGCGCAUCGUGCAGGCGUCGUUGGACUCGCUGCUCAAGCUCAAGCGCCGCACGACCAUCAUCGUGGCCCAUCGGCUGUCCACAGUGCGGAACGCGGACGUGAUUGCGGUCGUGGACGGCGGGCGCGUGGCCGAGCAAGGCUCGCACGACGAACUGAUUGCCAUCCCCAACGGCAUUUACGCCAACUUGGUGUCCCGGGAGAUGCACUAA